AGUUGGUGAUGGAAUGAGCUUUUCUUUGGCGGAGCUGAGUCAUCUCAGUUACCUGGACUUGAGUGGGAAUGAUUUUGGAGGAAGCCGGAUCCCUAAGUUCAUUGGAUCCUUCAAACACUUGACCUACCUCAAUCUCUCUCAUGCUGGUUUUCAAGGCAGAUGAUAUGGCAUGGACUUUUCGCCUUUCGUCACUCGAGCAUCUUGACUUGAGUAACGUGGAUCUUGGUGGAGCAAAAAACAGGGGCAUGUCGCUUUCCAUGAUACCAUUGUUAAAAGAGUUAAGUUUGUCAGGAUGUGGACUCUCCAAUGCUGAUUUUGCUCCUUUUCUAAAUUCAAGUAGGAUACUUUCCAAUAUCAAGUACCUCGAUCUUAGCAGAAAUUAUUUCAAAGGUCCACUCCCUGGAUUUUUUCUAAACAUGACAUCCCUUGUAUUCCUCGAUCUUGGCUUGAAUUUUUUCGAAGGUCCACUCCCUGGCUUUUUUCAAAAUUUGAAAUCCCUUGCAUUCCUGGAUCUUUCAGGCUUUGAUCUUAGUUUGACAUGGAACUUUGCAAGCUUGCUAAACACGAUCCCCUCGUUAUCAGAGCUGCAUUUGUCACGUUGUGGGCUCCAUAACACGCUUCUAUCUCCCCCUUAUCUUAAUUCCAGUACCCUUUCUAACAUCCGACACCUAGAUCUUAGCUCCAAUUCAAUUGGAGGCGUAUUUCCAUCUUAUUUAAAAAACAUGAGUUCCCUAAGAGUCCUUGACCUUUCAGAAAACUCGCUGACUUCAUUGGAUUCUAAUAUGCCUAACCUUCUGGAGCUUGAUCUUUCUUCCAACAAGUUUAAGCAGUUUGAGCAUGUUGGAAUCUGGAGACACUGUCACCUAAAAAAAUUUAGUGUGUCAAACAAUUAUUUUACUAUAGAAAUUAGCGACACAUCAAAAAAUGGAUCGGAAUGCUCAGAAUACGCUUUGGAGAGGUUGGAAAUAGUGAUGAGUUUGCAUGGUAGAAUUCCAGAAGCAGUUGGAAGACUAGCGAAUUUAAGAGAGAUAGAUCUAUCGUUCAACGGGUUGACAGGUCCAAUCCCCAAAUCUUUAAGAAAAUUAAUAUUUUUAGAAGUACUAGAUCUAUCUUAUAACGCGCUAACCGGUCCCAUUCCAACAUUCAUUGGGAAUCUUACCACACUCCAACUUUCUUUUAAUCAACUGAAUGGUUCAAUUCCAGAAUCCUUUGGAAAUCUAUCAGCUCUAACAUAUUUGGAUCUACGUUUCAAUCGGUUAACAGGCCCCAUCCCAACAUCAUUAGGAAGGCUUGUUUCAUUACAACAAGUUAUGUUGUUUUCAAAUAUGUUAAAUGGUUCAAUUCCAGAAUCCUUUGGAAAUCUAUCAGCUCUAACAUAUUUGGAUCUACAUUUCAAUCGGUUAACAGGUCCCAUCCCAGCAUCUCUAGGAAGACUUGUUUCAUUACAAGAAAUCAUCCUUUCCUUUAAUGAACUGAGUGGUUCAAUUCCAGAAUCCUUUGGAAAACUACCAGCUUUGAUAUAUUUGAAUUUGAGAUCCAAUCAGUUAACAGGUCCCAUCCCAGCAUCCUUGGGUGGACUUGUUACAGUACAAGCAAUUUGGCUGUCUUCAAAUAUGUUAAAUGGGACUAUUCCUGUUUCAAUUGGGCAACUUGCUAAACUCCAAUACCUAGAUUUGUCUAGCAAUUCUUUAGAAGGAGUAGUUUUUGAAGACCACUUUGCCAACCUUUCAAUGUUGAAGCAAUUGGAUAUUUCUUCCAACAUUAGGUUGGCGUUCAAUGUUUCACGUGAGUGGAUACCUUCAUUUCAGUUGGUUUCUCUUCAACUUAGUUCUUGCAAUAUUGGAAAUGAAUUUCCACAGUGGCUUCGAUACCAAAGGAAACUUGCAAGAUUAGCAUUGUCUAAUACUACAAUUUCGGGACCUCUGCCCACAUGGUUGCAGAAGAUGCCCAUCAUUCCUUUCUUGGAUCUUUCUCACAACAAACUCAAAGGACCAUUGACAAACCUUCCCAACGGUGGAAAUGUUAAUGUAAAUAGAUAUGAUUACAUGUCAAUGUUCCUGGAAAAUUACCUUUUCACCGAGUCAAUUCCAAGGUCACAAGUCAUGAAAAAUGACAUUUUCACUGCAUCCAUUCGAAGGUCACUGUUCCUGGAAAACAACCUUUUCAUUGGGUCGAUUCCAAAGUCAUUAUGUAGAAGGACGCAUUUGGAAUAUCUUGAUCUUUCCAGAAAUAGGUUAACCGGGAAAAUUCCCAAAUGCCUUGGGAAUCUUCAAGAGUUGCAUACCAUGAUAUUUAGUUCAAAUCACCUUUCUGGUGUCGUUCCGAGUUCCUUAGGUCUUUGUUCAUCAUUAUACCGGUUAAAAUUGAAUGGCAAUAACUUUACUGGUGAACCUCCUUCAGAAUUGUGGAAUUUACAAAACCUAGAAGUCUUGGAUUUGGGUAAUAAUAUAUUUUGUGGAAGUAUACCUGAGUGGAAUGGAGAAAGCCUUACAAAUUUAAUGGUUUUAAGGUUACACAAAAAUAACUUCACUGGUCGAAUUCCACAAUCUUUGUGCAAAUCUUCAAAUCUUCAGAUUUUGGAUGUUGCAUACAACAACUUGAUGGGAAGCAUACCUGAUUGUCUAGGAGAGUUAUAUGCCAUGCUAUCUGGUAAUACUGGCCUAGACUAUCGGCGAUCUGCAGAUAAUGUGAUUCAAGUCCUGAAUGGUGUUGAUCGUGAAUACACAAAAACGUGGGAUCUACUUUUUAACAUGGACCUUUCAAGCAAUAAACUUUCAGGAGAAAUACCGAUCAAGCUAACAGCACUUGCCAUGUUGAUGGGUCUCAACCUGUCUAAUAAUCAUCUCAGUGGGAGUAUUCCAUAUAACAUUGGAAACAUGAAGAAGUUGUUUUCUCUCGAUUUAUCUGGAAACAAGUUGACCGGGAUGAUCCCUGCAAGCAUGGCAGCUUUGACUUUUUUGAGCCAUUUGAAUUUGUCACACAACAACUUGUCGGGACCCAUUCCAACAGGAAAUCAGUUGCAGACCCUGGAUGAUCCAUCAAUAUAUACAGGAAACAAAGAUCUAUGUGGAGCUCCAUUGCCAAAUAAUUGCUCCGUUCAUGAAGACCCAACAACAACGCGCCAAAAGAAACACGAAGCAGUUGAUGAGCUGGAGAACGAAUGGUUGUUUUACGUGGACAUAAUGAGUGGUUUUGUGACAGGGUUUUGGGGUGUUAUUGGAGUUUUGUUGUUCAAGAAGGAGUGGAGAUGGAAGCUUUUCAGGUUUGCUGAGGAAACAAUGGACAAGAUAAACGUUGCCUUCAUGAUAAGAGUUGCCAUGAUGAAGAGAGGAAGAUAAGCUGCAUAGAUCCUCCAGAAUGCAAGUUGUUCUUGAGUAUGUAUUUUCAAUGAUUGUUUGGUAUGUAAUACUGCUUUAUUUAUACUACUAUUUGGAUUUUAUA